GUAUGUGUCACAAGUUUACACUUUUGUUUGCAUUCAUGUUUGCUUAAGAGUAUAGGUUGGUUUAUUACAAUCAAAGUGCAGAUACGGAUCAUUUCCUUUGUGCAUCCACAGUAGUUUGAAUGACGUGUGGGUUGUUUUAAAGCAUUAAAGUGGAAGUCUUUUGUUGUGUUUGAGUGCACCGCUUUUCCACCCGCUCGUGAAAGGGCAGUUGAGUCUUGUACGCCGCCGAAGCUUCCCCGCUGAGUCGAGUUAACAUUGGAAUGAAAAGGUGAGAUGGUCUCGGUGUGUCACAUGACCAGAAUCUAUUUUCUGCUGUCCGUCUCAAGAGAUCAAAGACAUUCCAUGCUCAGCACCUGACUGGCAGUGUUAUCAUGACAUCAUUCUGACUUCCCUAUCAGCCAGCAUCAGUUUCUUGGGCUGUGACUCGGAUUUAAACGUGGAGUGGCCAGGGGUGGGAGAGCCGUUCAUCAUUGAGACCAUCCCAUUAUUGAUAUCCCCUGCUUAGACCGCAUCAUCUACUUUACUCCCAGAACGUUAGGGGUGGGAGAGGUGGUGGCAGGGUGCACUGAUACCAUCAGGGAAAUCGUCCGCUGCAUGACAUCCUUUGAGAGUUUCAAAGACUACUUUAGAAGCAAGGAGUAAGUGGACUGACUAGAAUAUCACGGUUAAAGUAUACUGGUAAUGCGACCAAGAGAACAUUCAGAACUUGUUGUUGAAAGCUGAGAUAUUGGUGGAAAGAAGGUGUCAAGACCACACUACUCUUCGAUUGAGCCAAAACCAUUGGAAUCCUUUAGAGAUCUGGGUGAGCAAAUAGAAGCCUGGGACAAUCUAGGGUACAUGAAGCUUCAGAAUCCAUUGUAAUCUGUUAGAAAACCAGUGUUACCAUAGCAACAAAGAUGACAAAUUUAGCAUCAGAUGCGAGCCAGAUGUUGGCUGCUGCUCUUGAACAGAUGGAUGAUAUCAUAGCAGGUACCAGGCUACAGGGUAUGGACUAUGAUAAUGGACCUGUAGUAACUAACAAUCAAGUUAACAUCACACAUCCAAAAGAAAACGGAUCACACGCAGAUGUUCCGCGACUCAUUUCAGAACUACGUUUCGCGGCAGAGAGAGCGAUAGAGAACGGAGAGGAGAACCUUCUUCAUGAUCGUGUAGAGGAUUCUACCAGGCAGUACAUCGUACGUUUACUGGGGGAUAAAAAGGAGCUCGCAACAAGUCCAGGGUCUAAUGAAAAGAUGAAGAGAUUAGAAGGAGACAAAGAUAGUCUGCAACUACAGGUGAAUGUCUUGACAGAUCAGAUUGAGGCUCAGAAUGAGAAGAUACAAGAACUAGAGUAUGCCUGCGCAAAGAAAAGUAAAGAAUUGGCUGAUUCAGAGACUAAGUUACUACAGGAGUCUGAAAUCCACUGUGAAUUGGAGCAAAGCCAGCAGAAUUAUGCAGUAGAAGCAUCUAAGCUGAAAGCUAGACUAGACUCAGUAGAGAAUGAAACUCUUGUUGUCAGAGAGCGUGCUAUUAUGGCUGAGUCUAAGAUUGAAGAGCAGCAGCAAGAGAUGAACAAGUUAAUGUCAAAAUAUCAACAAAGUCAGAAAACUGUGGGGGACCUUCAAUCGGAAUGUCAUAAAUGGCAGGAGAAAUAUAUGGAAACACAGGUCAAGCUAGUUAGGUCACAGACAGAGACAGCAGAGCUUAAGGCUCGUCUGCGCUACAGCCAUGCUCUUCUUGAUGAUCUCCAAUCAAAGAAAGUUAAAACUCUUGAUGAAGAAGUAGAGAAAGAGAAGCUAAAGAUUGCUGUGGAUUCUCUGAUCAUUGGUAACAAAGAAAAGGAUAAGACGAUAGACGAUUUGAAUCAGAGAUUAUCCAAGUUUUACCAUGUCCAGGAAAUGGCAGCCAUUAAUGGCAGAGUUGACAUGGAUAUGCUCCUUGACAUUGAAAACCAAAGAACAGACAGUUUUUCAACGUCUAGUUCAGCGACUGGAGAAACAGAUACAUCAAAAGAUAGUCGACAGGUCCCACAAGGAUCAUCUCCAGUUAGUCCAGAUCGAGACUUCAACCAUCCCAUGAUGGUUGAUAGAACAGAGGAGAUGUUUGGCUCCAAUACCAGCCGACGAUCUGCUAGUCUAGAGAAUCUACAAACCAAUGUCGUACCAUCAACGCGUAUGAAAAAGGCAAAAUCAACCAUGAAUGAAACUCCUUCUGACCUACCCCAUCCCACUCCUGACACCAAAAACCCUGACAGACCUCUUAGUGAGGGUCCUAGAACAAUACAUGUCCCUAUACACAUCCAAGGGAAUGGUACUGUACAGCCCCUCCAUUCCACCCCUGACAUGAAACAUCCUCCAGCGGACAGUUCAACCUUCCUUACAGAAGAUCCUAGAACGAUCCAUGUUCCUAUCCACAUUGAAAGGGUAUCUCCUGGGCUAGGAGAUCCUUCUCUUCCAGAAGACAUGAAACACCUGACCAAAGAAUUGCCAGAAGUUGUCACCUCAGCAUCAAACAAAACCCCUCCAUUCCCGACCAAUAAUGAGCCAACCUGGGAAUCCGUCCCAAAGAAGGUUAAUUUUGAUUUGGAUGCUACGACCGAGAUCAGUAAUGACCAGAGAAGCUCGGUUGGGGAAGACUUUGAAGAUAGGGCAGGUAUCGAUCAUGUUAGUGUUUUUCUGACACAGGGGGCUAAUAGUAAUCCUUCAAAUACAAAUGGUCAUAUAGGGAAUGGUGUACGUCCUAACUCUGUAGAGUCUCCAACUGACUUGACCUUCAUUGACAUUGACGAUGCCAACGUGGCACACUUCCGUCGUGACGUUUCCCCCAUUACAGGUCACAUGACUCUACCUGCUCCUAAGAAAACGACGGACUCAGAGGUUGAUUUAGCAGGUAGAUCUAAUCCCUCCGGUUACAGGACGCUGCCCUCCCCUCGUAGAAACCAAGAGUUUGAUCUUCCAACCAAGCUCCAGCAGCAAUCGACCAACGGUACACCAGAAUCAAGAAAACCCAGAGCUUCAUUUGGAAAGGGUCUCUUUAAAAUCACCUCUAAAAAGACUUCCAGUGCUCCAAACCUUGCCAUGACUGAGUCAGAAGGAGAAGAUGCCUUAGGGGUGCAGAGACCAAGGAAUGUUACCUUCCAAGGUCUAGAGAGGAGUGGAUACCCCGCCCCUCCAGGGACUCCGCCUAUGGACUAUAGAAAACGCAAAGGCAUUAAGAAACUAAUCGGAAAAUUAAAGCGUAGUGGGUCAGCCAAUCUUCACAAUGGUGAUGAUGAUGAUGAUAUCCACCCAGUAGAAUUCUCAAGGAACAAUCGUUUAAGAGCUACAGCAGGACCAAGACUAGCAUGGUCUAGAGACCUAAAGAAGAAUGAAAAUGGGACCAAUGACUUGAACGCUCCAUUUGCCAAGUGGGACAGUGAGCAGGUUUCUGAUUGGCUAAGAGGGAUGGGGCUCGCUCAGUAUGCCGCAGCUUGUAGAGUCUGGGUGAAGAAUGGUGGAACACUGCUUGCUGCUGCUCCUCUAGAACUAGAAAAGUACUUGGGUCUUAAGAAUCCACUCCAUCGUAAGAAGCUUCAGCUAGCCCUUCAGGCAAUGGGAUCAGAGUGUGAAGACAAACAAGGAGACUUGGACUACCAUUGGGUGACCAGGUGGCUAGAUGAUGUAGGACUACCUCAAUAUAAAGAUACCUUCCUUGAAGCUAAGGUGGAUGGUAGAAUGCUACAUUAUAUGACAGUGGAUGAUCUUUUGCUGUUAAAAGUAACAAGUGCCUUUCAUCAUGUGAGUAUCAUGCGGGGUAUACAGUGCCUGAGAUUACAUAACUUCCAUCCAAGCUGUCUGCGGAGGAGACCAACUGAUGAGCCGUGGUAUAAAAACCUUAAAAACAUGCCUCCUUGGAGUAACGAGAUGCCUUAUGAAACAGGAACCCAGGUUGCACUAUGGACAAAUCACAGAGUAAUGGAAUGGUUACGAUCAGUUGAUCUAUCUGAAUAUGCUCCUAAUCUGAGAGGCAGUGGGGUCCAUGGUGGAUUAAUGGUCCUAGAACCUCGUUUCACGGCAGAAACCUUAGCCUCCAUCUUGUGUAUCCCAGGGAACAAGACGUUACUACGGCGACAUCUUAGUACGCACUUUAUCUCUCUGAUUGGUCCUGAUAUUCAGCAACAGAAGAGAGAAGCAGAGAAACAACCUAUGUUUGUACCUCUUAACUUCCUAGCAAAGGUCAAGCCUAAAAAGAGAACAUUUGGUAAGAGCAGGCGAGGAACUGAAAUGGAAGACUACGUCUGUCCAAUGGACCUUGGUCACCCCUCUAGUUUGAAUGGAAUGUCCCAUAUGAAUGGCAACCGGCCUCCUCCACCCAGUUAUAAAGUAGAAGUUAGGAGUGCUGACAAGGUUCACAGACAGAUGGAUGAGGAUCAAGCAGAUGGACAAGAAAUGAAAGAAGGAACUGCUCAAAAGUUUGGUGCCCUAUCUCAAGAAAUUGAUUCUUUGACGACUAUGCUUUCAGAUGCUGAUGUGGAUAGAAGUACACAUGUGUGAUGUCAUCAUGCCAACCUCUCCUCCAGGAGGGCAUUGGAUACAAUCAACAACCUCUCAUCCAGCUAUUUUGCCUUUUAAAAAGUUUUUAGAAAUCUGAAUUUAAGUCUCACUUUUACCUAGUGAAAGUCACCUUACUAACUACUGACUGCAAGAAUGCUACUCUGUGAUUUGCUGAUUAAAAUGUUACUUUUAAUGGCAAUAACAUGUGAAUUUAAGCUGGUUAAAUGCAUUAAUGCCUCUUUUUAUUGAUUACAUUAAUGUUAAUUUUUAUGACAAAAUCUGCCUUUAAAGUGAUUGAUUGAAAGUUUGUAAUCUUUUGAUUGGCUUUUAAUGUCAGUAUCACUCCAUUCUGAUUAAUAAUUGAUUGCAUGAAUGCUUUCUUUGAUUGGUUGAUUAUGUUGAUUCCAUUGAUGUCAUAUUUUGAUAGCAAUAUAAUAGCUUCCAAAACCACAUAGACUGUAUUAAGGCAACAUUAUUUGCAAUCUUUGCUUUAUCUUCACACUCAGAAUUGAUGCAUUCACAUACAAACUUUGAUAGCUUUCAAACCAUGCCUUUCAGUUAUUCACCUUCUUUUAAAGUUUCAGAAUUGACAUUUUUUACUGCAUUUUGUUUUGAAAGACAUCAACAAUAGAUUUUUCCUGUUUAGUGAUCAUAUAGUUAUUGGGGUAUUCAAUAAGAUACCAACCCCUAUGUACAUCAAACAUGCCAUAUCUCUAAAUUUGAAUUCACUUCAUAAGCUACACAAGUCAUGAUAAUUUGAGGGCAUUACACCAUUUCAUAUGAAGUACAAACCAGAGGCAUUUCACUCAGAAUGAUCCAUCAUAUAGAGUGUCUUUUAUUCAUUGACAUCAAGGAAUUAACAUGAAAGAGACACAUUCUAUGGACUUUGGACCACAUUGUUUGACUCAAUACAGCAUUUGUAAUCAGCUUUUGAUUGUAUGUUUAUUCUUCGUUACGCACUGUUACAGGCCUGCCAACUUUUCAUUUAUUCCAGGAGUUGCACAGUUUUUAAGAUUUUGUAUUAACCAAAAAGAGGAACACACUAGAUUUCCAUUUAUUAAAGAUAAAACUAAAUCAGCCAAUAUAUGUAUUUGUAUGGUAGGGUAUGGGUGUAAGAGUAAUAUAGUUUUUCAAAACUUGUAAUUUCUCAGUGCAUGAAUAUAAGACUGGUAAACAUGUCUUGAUUUAAAAAGAAGUGUGGAAGACACACCAGACAUUGAGGAGAAAAUUUGGCACCUCUCAAUUUGGACUCCUGUUUUUCAUUUUCAAAUGUUGGCGGGCCUGCUAUUAAAUAAAAAUUAUGCAAUUAUAAAAUUGAUCAUAAAUGUAGUGUAUGGUGAAUGAUGUACAAUAAAGUUACAACCCAUUGUAAAUGUUCAUUGUAACUCUUCAUCUUUCCAUAGACUGCAAAAUGCAAUGUCAAACACGCCUCAUUGAAAGAAGGAAUAUAAAAACCUGUGUGAAGUAUAUUCCCAUCAACUGGUUCAAGUGCAUUAUUUGUUUUAUACCUUGAAUCAUAAUCCAUAUUGAUGCUAAAAGAUUAAUAAUAAAAAGAGACACAUGUUCUUUGUAUGCAACAAAUCUUUUUAUGUCUGUUAUAUCUCGGUUCCAAUUUAUUUGUAUAUUAUUGUUCAUUUAUGAGAUAUCAAGUUCUUCCAAUUUAUGUGAUGAUUAUGAAAACAAUGCAUAUUUCAAGUGAAUUUUUAUGAUUCAAAUUAUUUCAUGGAGCUGUCUGUUAUGUCCAUUAGAGUUUUAUCAUCCAAUGGUAAAUACCUUGGUAAUGAUGACAGCCAAUCAAAAUCAAGAUUUCACAAAUUAAUAAAUGAAUAAUGAUUGCUCAUAAGGGAUUUGUAAAUACUGCUGCUCCAAAGAGACUUAUGAGGCAUACUGCUUUACCCUGAGACCAAACAAAAGUUGGCUUCUAGUCUAAAGAUCAUUGUGGGGUAACAAUUUUACUAUUGCCUGAAUAAGAGAACAGUCAAUAUUAUAAACCAAUCAUUUAUUUGAGCAGGGCAAUAGUAAACUAUUACCUUGUGCAAUCAAACCAAUUAGUAAUUAUAUACAACAGAGUCUUUAGGGCAUCCAGUGGUCCUCCCAUCUUAUAUACUUAGCUGAUCCUUCAUUAGCCUGUGUGAGAAUGUUUACUGAGUAAGCAUCAAAAUACUGGAAUGAUUGGCCACUUUAUACAAUCCAACAGUCAUCAUCAGUAAUUAUAAGUAUUGAAUACCCAUCUUUCAGUUCAAUGAUCUGUAAAUGUCUGUCUAAACUACAUAUAUUGCCUUGUAAGACCCAUGAAUUCCCUUUGUUUGUUUGUAUUACAUAAUUUUCUUGUAUAUGAAAUGCAGAAAACUUUGGCUUAGUAGAAUCUCUUGUGGUCACAGAAACCUGUUUGACUACAUGUAGAGGAAUUUGACAUAGAAGAGGUAAACAUUGUGUCCCACAAAAAAGAUACCCAUUUUCAGAAAAGGAUUUCACAAUAAUCAAUAUGUUUUUGUAAUAAAUUUGGCACUUAUACUGAGAGUGGAAUCUCUUCUUUAAUUUAAGACAAAAAAACUUAGGAAAUCAUUCAUUCAUGGAAUUUUAAAACAAUAAACAAUUAGGCAUAUCAGAAAUGAUUUGCACAGAAUUUCACAUGUAAGGUCAUUGAGAGGAGCUUAACAAAGAAUACAAAAGAAAUGCUAAUGAGCCAAUAGUCAAUUAAGCAAUGUUAUAUGUUUAAUCAAUCUUUGCCAAUUUGGUUUUGCAACUUAAUUUUUACAUUGAAACUCAUCUUGCUCAUUAAUAGGCGAGGUAUUCCUCUCAUGUUAGGUAUCAAACUAUGGAAGAAUAACUAGUUUAUGAGGUUGUAAAUGAAAUCAUCUUAAUUCAUUUUUCUUUAAAGAAACAAGACAUGGGAAUCCUGGUUUCCUUUUUCUAGGACACACUGUAUAACACUUUUUUUGCAUAAUGUGGUCUAACAUGCUUUGAUUUGGACCAAUAUUAGACUUACUGUAUGAAUGGCUGACUAAUGCAAGUUACCUCUUUAUUAUAUUUUUUGCAGUAUUAUGCCUCCAUUUAUGAUCACAAUUCAGACUUUUAUCAACUUAGUUUCAGCCUUUGAAAACAAAGUUUUGGUUUACAAAAUUGCUCAUUGUAGAUGACUUUCAGACUGUUUUAAAAAAAUUAUUCACAGUGGCAUUCCUAAAUAUUUGAUUUCAUGGAAAUACAGAUUUUACCCCUAUCAUCGUUGCUAAAGAUAUCAGGGUCAUACCACUCAAUAGUUUGAUAUAAAAAAUAGAUGAACAAACAAAAGGAAUUAAUAUUUUUAUUUGAAUGAAUUCAGCUGUAAUUAUGACCUCUAUAAAAAUUCAUGCUCAUAAUAAAACAAAAAUGAGAGGAAUUGAAAUUAUUAUGUAGUCCUUUAUCCCCAUUGCUGCCCACAAUGUACCAGUGUAGUAAAAUGCCUUUAUUUUUUUUUUACUUGGAAAAAAAUAUUGAUGAAAUUCCCCUUUUAAUUAAGUUGACAUUCCAACCCUUUGCCCAUAUGUAUUAAUCGUGUGCAUUGCUGUGACAAAGAGCGCUGGGCUGGAGACUUCUCAUUUAGUCUGACCUUUUACAGUGGGUAACUGAAAAUGCAUGGGUGCAGUGAUUUUACAGUGGGGUUUUGGUUCACUGGACAUUGUGAAUUAUUUGUACUUGAACAAGAUUUAUGAUAAAAUUCAUUUGAUAAAAACCACAUCCAUUUUUUAAACAAACUCAUUGUAAACACCCAAUGUUUGUCCCUCUCACCUUCUUACUUUUCCUUUCACUUUUGUUUUCUCCUUUUGCCCGUUUUCUCACCUUUCUCUUUAUCUCUAUCACUUCUCCCAUUAAAUUUUUCUUUUUUAUUUUCCUCUCCAUUUGCCUCUCACCUCUCUAUGAUAUCCCUCCCUCUCUGUCUCCCACC